AAAAAAAAACUAAUACAAACACAUGUUAUUGCUUUCCUAUCUUUCCUUGUCGGUCUGAAGAAUCUUAAAAAUAUAUUUUCUCGAAUAAGCAAAUCGUGUAGGUGUAAAAUGACGAAGCGGUCUAACCCAUUUAUUGAGGACUUCGUGCAACAGAGCAAAGUCCACGUCGGAAUGAAACAAUUCAACAACAACGAAGACCGACUUCAGAAAGUGUACGAGAAAACCUAUGUACUGCUGUACCGAGGCGCAAAGAUGCCUAAAAAGAGUGUCGAGGUGCCAACAGAGAAUGAUAGCAGAAAGGAUGGUUUUAAGCAGUUGUUCCUUGGGAAAGAUGGCCAUCUUCAGCAGACUGGUGCUGUGACAAAGCCCAUCGCCCAGAAGUGUCAGUGCGGGGCUGCGUCGGAGGACCGCUGCUCGUAUUGCGAGAAGGAGCUCUGCGGGGCCUGCCAGCAUCCGUGCGAGUGUUGCCAACUCCGCUACUGCAACCACUGUUGUCUUGCAGGAUCUGAAGGCUCGGAGAUAUGUGUGUCCUGUUAUAAGUAAUUUAUUUUUGUUUAUUUUUACACUUGAUUUAGUAGCUGAAGAUACGUUUAAUACUUUAAUAUUUUAUUUUGUUACCGAACAUAUGAUUAGAAGAGAGGAAAAUAUUUUAAGUUCAAUUAGUAUUAAGAUAACAGUUUUGAAUGAUUCACAGUUAGUUUUAUUGGACUUAUAUUGACCUGGUAUAUGUAUGGACUGUGUUUACUUUUUGUAUUGUUAUCGAGUUGCCGAUAUUUCGACGCAGUUACGUAUGUUGUCCAAGGUAAUCACGGUCCAUAUCCCGAUCAACAUACACUACCGCUCAUAACUAUUUAGGCACUCGUAAUUUUUUCCAUACAAUUGUAUACAAAAACGACUUUCAGAAUUAUACCGCUAAGUCGCAGUCGGGUAACAGUUUUUUAUGCAGUUUACUUUUUAAUUUAACAGACAUAUCGAGCUACAAAAUGACGUGCAGAAUAUUCGUGUGCAUUGCCUAUUUACCAAAUGACAAGCGUAAAAAAACCCAUAAAUCGUUUUCCAGUACAAAAUCGUUUUAUUUUGUAUGAACUACAUAAGGGUUUUUUAAAUCGUUGCAUAGAGUAAACUCGAAAUUUUAAAGUUUGUCUUUGGCAACAAUUUGAGGCUCAAAUAAAAAUUCAAUCCAACAUGUAAGCGUCAUUUGCCUGCGAUCGAACAGUAUGAUUUUGAAAAUAAAUUUUGUAUACAAUUAGCCUCAUGCAUGAAGUUUAUAUUUGAACGAAAUAUGUUUUAUUCGGAUGUUUGUUACCGUUAUAUCAUGUUACAAAUGCAUUUCCGUUUUUAAAUUACCAUUUAAUUACUUAAAAUUAUAAAUAAAAAGUACAAAAAUUUGCCCGCGAAAAGCUAGUGAGCGAAACGCUCGAAACGCCACGUGACGUCACGCGUUCGACAGAUUAGUGUCAUUAGUAGCAAACGUCAGUUGGGCCGCCCAACGUGUGACGUCUUCACGCUCUGUCGAAUUCGCGCCAAAAAUUAUGAGCGUUUCAACCGCUCAAAAAUCUUCAACAUUUUAAAUAUUUUUUAAUAAAAUAAUGUUAAGGUUUACAAAAGUAUCUUUAUCAUUUCCGGUGUUCCAACGAUAUAAAUUAUGAAUCCAAAAAUAAAAAUAAAUUCAUGCAUGGAGCUAAUUGUAUGGUGAAAAUUGCGGGUGCCUAAAUACUUUUGAGCGGUAGUGUAAGUAUUAAGAUGUUUAAAGAAGGUCGUGUCUUGGCCGACGUACAAUUAACGAGUUUAUAUCAGAGCAUUUUUGUAAUCAUGGGCAAAUUACUAUAAUGCCGAUGAUCAUAUAGUUUACACUUUACUCUAAUUAGUGAUUUUCGUAGAGCAUAUAUUAUGCCAUUCUUAAACCUAAAAAAAAAAACCUAUGUCUAUUAUGCCAUAGAAAAAUAAGUAAGCUAAGAGUGCUCACUCCGUACAUCAUUUUCCUUACUUAAAAAUAAUAUGAUUAUGGCUAUAGGAAGUAUAGGAAGAUGAUGAUUAUGACUGUUUCUAACAUUCGGGUAGUUUAGCAACAUAACAGAUACUUUGUAACUUGUUUAUUAUUUGUAUGAAAUUUAUAACAAAUUGAAAUAAAACUAUGAAAACGGAUUAUAUCGCGUAUAUUACAGUCACCCGUUGACCACGAACGCUGUAAAGAGUUCGAAAUGUCGGGAUGUAUUAUAAAUUCAAUAUACGCGAUAUAAUCCGUUUUCAUAGUUUUAUUUCAUGAGUAACUAUCGCGGUAACCGAAGACAAUUUUAUAACAAAUUGUCAAAUAAGACUGGACUAGAUGAUAGAUGAUACAAAUUUAUGUUAAUGCGUGGCGUUUAAAAAU